AUGACACAAUCGGUAAUUCCUUUGGAAUCCAAUCCCGAGAUAUUCACUGAAUUUGCCCACUCGCUGGGUCUGGUGCCUUUGCUGUCAUUUCACGAUGUCUACUCUGUGACGGACAUAGAGGUGCUGGAGUUUCUGCCUCAACCCAUUUAUGCCUUCGUGCUACUAUUUCCCAUCACUGAUUCGUUCGAGCAAUUUCGUCAACAGGAAGCUGCUUCAACGCCAGAAUCAGAUGGGGGUGUUGUUUGGUUGAAACAAUCGGUGAAAAACGCAUGUGGUCUAUAUGCCCUGCUGCACGUCUUGCUCAAUGUGCCCAAAUCGCUGGUAGUCAAGGACUCCAAGGCGGACAAUUUCCGCAGAAAAAUACAAAAUAAUUUGAAACAGGCUGAUUUGGAUGAACUCGUUGAAGAUUGUUGCUCCAUUCAUGAAAGCUAUGCUACGCAAGGUUCUACCGAGGCUCCUGAUGCCGAAGACGACGUCAACCUACACUUCGUGACGUUCGUGGCCAAGAAUGGCAGGGUGUAUGAACUUGACGGUCGUCGAACCAAGCCAGUUGAUGUCGGAAGCUUUGAUUCGAACGAUAAGUUUGGGAAAGAAAAGGUGAUAUUCGAGAGGGUGCAGUAUUACAUGGAGUUGACGCAGGAUCCAAAUUUUGCUCUGAUUGCGUUGGCUUCAACCGGUUGA